GAGUCAACUUGCUUUCUAUGCAUGCUCACUAGUCAUUUUUUCCUUGGAGAGGGCUAAACUACUGGGAGCCAUCUUGGUGCCUGAGUCAUAGCUGCCAUUAUGACAUCAUAGGUCUCUCCCCUCCACUUUUUCUACCCACACCAUGGCUAGAGGAACAUAGACCUGAGGGGAUUUGAACCAUCUGCACCCAAUCCAUGUGGGACCAGUGGAGAAGGACCAGCCUAAAAAAAUUAAUGAACACACUAAAGAUGAGCCUCAGGAGAAAGGGGAACUGAAUGGUUUAUCUUCAGCACCACUGACCUCAGAGAAGAAUAUGGAGGCUAACCCUAUGAAUAUGGUUGAGACAAAGAGAGUGGAUGAUGCUAAUAAGACCCCCAGAGAAAUCACAGGAAACCAAAAUAAACCCCCUACCAGUGAUCCGGAAGUCGUAAAGAUCCAGGCCUGGUGGCGUGGUACGCUGGUGCGCCGGACGCUGCUGCAUGCGGCCCUCAGAGCUUUGAUCAUUCAGAACUGGUGGAGGCAGAAGCUAGUGAAGCUGCUGGAGGAUAAGCGGCGGAUGGCACUGGAGACCUUUAUACAGAGGGAGUGGGCAGCAGUCAGGCUGCAGUCCUGGGUCCGCAUGUGGCGCAUCCAUCGGCGGUAUUGCUGUUUGCUCAACGCUGCCCGCAUCAUCCAGGCCUAUUGGAGGUGCCACUCCUGUGCUACCCAGGGUUUCAUCAAGGGUCACUACAGAGUCACGGCCAACCAGCUGCAUCUCGAGCUAGAGAUCUUGCUGGGUUCAGAGCCUUGCAUUGUGACGGAGUGUAUUCCCCUCCCAAUAAAAGAGUGAAGUGGUUUUUCCCCA